AGGUAUCGUAAUGAUCAGCAAGUCCUUCCUGACCUUUGUCGUUCUGACAAUCUUGAGCUUGCUUGCAUCAGCCGUUUCAUCGCAAUCGGACACAGGAAUGGAAGCUCGUCAGCAGUUCAAGCGAUUUCGCGGUGAACCAAUUCGAUUCGGCAAACGGGCCCCUCGUGAGCCAAUCAGGUUUGGAAAACGAGCACCGCUGUUUGAGCCGUAUUUCGACUACUAGACAUGCGUAACAAUUCAAAUCGUAAUCUCCAAACAUUCCACGCUCCAACUUCUACUCGUCACCCGAGACGACACCUGCUUCUUUCUACAAUUAUGCAUUUCUUAGAGGUACCAUCCCGCCUGAGACAUACAAUUUCUGCGCUUUGAAUCAUGAUGAGCCGUCAUUAUCGUUGAAU